CGCCAAAUGUACUGCGGAGGCGGGGAUCGACCAUUGUUCGCCAUGUUUAUUACUCUGACAGCGGCUCUUCUGGCAAUGUUUUACUUUUCCAAUAGCUUGUACAACCUCUCUUGAAGCUUUACUUCUUCCGUCUCCACUUCACUCAGCUUCACUGCUCGAGUACCUGUAUAUUUACCCCCGGCCUUCACACCUCACCACCGCAGUCAUGGUGUCCCAAAAACAACCCGUGUACGUCCUCGGCGUAGGCAUGACUAAAUUUAUCAAACCCCGGGGCAAGGUCGACUACCCUGAGCUGGGCUUCGAAGCCGGUGUAAAGGCCAUGCUCGACGCGCACAUCAACUACGACGAAGUCGACCAAGGCAUCGCAUGCUACUGCUAUGGCGACUCGACCUGCGGCCAGCGCGUCUUCUACCAGUUUGGCAUGACUGGCAUCCCUGUCUACAAUGUCAACAACAACUGCUCAACCGGCAGCACCGGCUUGUAUAUGGGACGGAAUAUGAUUGCGCAUGGUGCGGCGGACUGCGUGCUAGUUGUAGGCUUCGAGAAGAUGUUCCCGGGGAGUCUUCAGACAUUCUUUCAGGACAGGGCGAAUCCUACGGGGACGUCGAGCUUGAUAAUGAAGGAGACGAGAGGAGUCACGAAGGCGCCGGGUGCUGCUCAGUUGUUCGGCAACGCAGGCCGGGAACACAUGGAGAAAUAUGGCUCCGAACUCAAAGACUUCGCAGAAAUUGGCCGCAUCAACCAUGCCCACUCCAAGAACAACCCCUAUUCGCAGUUCCAAGAUGAAUACACCCUCGAGCAAGUCAUGAAUGCACCCAUGAUUCACGAGCCCCUCACCAAGCUUCAAUGCUGCCCCACUUCUGAUGGCGCCGCUGCCACCGUCCUCGUCUCACAAGACUUCCUUGACAAGCGCCCGGAGCUCAAGGACCAAGCGAUCUUGAUCGCCGGUCAGCGCCUCGCUACUGAUACACCGCAACUGUUCAACCGCAGCGCUAUUGAUCUAAUCGGAUAUGGUAUGAGCGAGUUGGCAGCCAAGGAGGCGUUGGCUGAGGCGAAUGUAUCCCCUGAUGAUGUCAAGGUGUGUGAGUUGCAUGACUGCUUUUCCGCCAACGAGAUGGUUACCAUUGAGGCGCUUGGUCUCGCACCAAAGGGCAAAGCCCACGAACUUAUCCGGAAAGGCGGUAUCACAUACGGCGGAAAGGUCGUCAUCAACCCCUCCGGCGGCCUCAUCUCCAAAGGCCACCCGCUUGGUGCUACUGGCCUUGCGCAGUGCGCAGAGUUGGUGUGGCACAUGCGCGGAUGGGCGAACAACCGCUCUGUCAAGGAUACCAAGGUUGCCCUCCAGCACAAUCUCGGCCUCGGUGGUGCUGUGGUCUGCACUGUGUAUAAGCGCGCUGAUAGUAGUGCGGCGACGGAUAAGUCAGACCAAGAAGUCGGCAAGAUCACGGGUCUUGGAUAUAAUCCUGCUACACAGGCUAAAGGCUUUACAAAGGCACAAGUCGAUUCUGUCCGAUCGAAGAAAGCAAGAAGUGAGUGGGCGUUGCAGGAUACCGAGCAAAAAGUCGAAGCCAGAUUUUGAGUAAUAGAUUGAUUAGUUGAUCAUAACUGGAUGAAUGUUGUUCCCAAAGAUAUAAGUACUGUAUAGGAGAUCCCCAACAAUAACGAAAGUCUUAGUUCUUGAUGGACUGUUUGGUACUGCCUGUUGAAGAAAGGGGAUGGGUUCAUUUGUGCUCUCGGCGUCUUGAGGAUUUUGAGAAUUGAUAAGGAAAGGCAUACUUGUGAGACACUAAUGGAUAUACAAGUGAAGAGUAAAGUGAAAGAAAGCUACCUCUAUUGAAUUUAUCUCUUUGCUCUAUCCUGAGUUCCAUGGUUUAACAUUUCCAGCGAAGACAGAUACCAAAAUGAUCCUUAGUUUCGCUAGCUAAAUUGUCUUUAUGAUAGAGUAAACUGGGAAAUAAGAGUUAGGUCAGGGAAAAAGAUUGUUUUGUGCG